AUGUUAACCAAAAGUAAUAGGAAUUCGGAAUAAAUGGAACAUUCCAGAUAGUUGGUUCUUUCCAGCUCUGCUCCGCUCUGACUGUGGGAUGUGCUGAUAGCUUUGUGUACAGCUAUUUUUCUACACAUUUUGUAUUUCUUCUAAGGUAGAGGGGGAGCCACCAGACGGCAACAUGUCGAGUAAAAGGGCCAAGGGGAAGAACACUAAGAAGCGUCCCCAGCGGGCCACCUCCAAUGUGUUUGCCAUGUUCGAUCAGUCUCAGAUCCAGGAGUUCAAAGAGGCUUUUAACAUGAUCGACCAAAACAGAGAUGGAUUUAUUGACAAAGAAGAUCUCCAUGACAUGCUCGCCUCAUUAGGUAAAAAUCCUACUGAUGAGUACCUGGAAGCCAUGAUGAAUGAAGCCCCCGGCCCAAUUAACUUCACCAUGUUUCUGACCAUGUUUGGAGAAAAGCUGAACGGCACUGAUCCAGAGGACGUGAUCCGCAAUGCGUUUGCCUGCUUCGAUGAAGAGGGCACAGGUGUGAUCCAGGAGGAGUACCUGCGGGAGCUGCUCACCACCAUGGGCGACAGGUUCACCGACGAAGAAGUGGACGAGCUCUUCCGCGAGGCCCCGAUUGACAAGAAGGGCAACUUCAACUAUGUAGCUUUCACACGUAUUUUAAAACAUGGCGCCAAGGACAAGGACGAUUAGUGACGAGGGAUGUGCCUGUUGAGGUUCAUUCUGUACUCCAUUUGCAUCUUGAAACGGGUUAAUAUUUUAUUUAGAUCAGCUAUAUCCUUAGUUUGGCUCAUAAAAAAGCUCUGUGGUAGUCGGUUGAAGAUCAUUUGUUUAAGCUGCUUCCUGGACCUCUGGGUCCCCUUCUAAUCUUUAUUGCAGAGCUCAUUUUGCACAUCUUUGACAACAUUUCAGGGUUAAAUUAUGUAGGAAAGAACCCUCGUGGAGAAAGCUGGAAAUAAACUGAUACGAGGCGUUUACUUAAAACUAAAUAACUUGUGGUUUUGUAGGAAUGUUUUGACAUUAAAUUGUGUUCUGA